AUUACAACCUUGACACAAACAUUUAAAAGUAGAUUUUCGUGACAAGCAGCAUUAUAUUUCUUAUGUGAAAUGUUUUUACCGGUCCUGUGCACCUUGUUGCUGUGGGGAGCGGCGUCCUCUGACACAACCGUCACAAUCUACAACGAAUGGCUCUCCCAGGGUGGACGUAUGCAUUAUGAAGUUGAACGAUGGAACAAAGUUAAUGGGUUCACCCAGUUGAACCUUAUUCCAAAUAUGAAAUCCAUCCGAGCAGCUGCCGGGCGCUGGGUGAACAGAGACAUAAAGCUGUUUCCAAAUUGGCCCCAAAGCCACAGUCACCAUGGUUACCCAGACCCUAAAUAUCUCCAGGACCACACACUCCAGUCAAAGACGUGGUCGUGGUAUGAACAACAGCUCAGUAACUAUGGAAACAACAUCGCCAACAUUGUCUGGAACAUUGAAGGUAGGCACUGGCCCGCCUGGAUAGAUAAGUCUCAUCAUAAAGGCGGAUUCCCAAACAACGUUGACGCUGCAGCUGAGUUUGUGUCGCUGAUGGUUCAGAGUGCGAAGGACUACACUGGAGGACGCCUUCCUCACAUAUUCGAAGUCAUCAAUGAACCUGACUGGUACGAAGAUACUAUUGACCCACAAACGAAUAUAAACUUCCAUAGGGCCGUCGCGGACAAACUGAAAUCAAGAUUUGGAAUCAAAGUUGCCGGACCAUCCUACACCAGCAUGGCCUUACGACAAUCAGAUGAAAAUAACUUCAGCUCCUGGAAGAGAACUGCAAAGUUUCUGGACAUGUCUCUCGAUCACUUGGACUUUUUCUCUUUCCAUUGCUACAACUACCUGCAUAUAUCAGGUGGAAGCCACACCAACUUCGGAAUCAACGAAGCUCGUCUGGUUGCUUCUCUUGACAUGGUGGAGAAUUACUCUCAUAUCAAGAAAGGAAAGAACGUUCAGCUAGUUAACACUGAAUUUGGAUUAGGCGUGUCAGGAGUUGCCGCCGGUUUUGAAAAUGGACUAAUAGACUUUCAGACCAUUUACCAAUCAAAUGGCUUCAUGUUUACUUUCCUUAACCUGAGAGAGUUUAUCGACCGAGUUACAGUAUUUCUCUUUUCGAAUGAACAAUAUCCAGGUCAUCCUUCCCUUCGGAAUUCCUUAUUUACAAUGCAAGGACAGCCUCGUGAGAAUACAAAAUUCUUCACGUUUUGGAAAAACUUUAUAUAUGACCACAGGUUUCUCCGUGUCUCCAGUCAAUACAAUGGACAGGAGAAAAUAGUUGCAGCGCUCGCCCUUGCAAAUCCUCACACCAAAGAGAUGAUGGUUCUACUCCACAACUAUGGGAGUAAAUUUGAGAAUGUUCAACUGGAUUUUCCCAACAACUGGCUUAACCCUUCCACGGGUGAAGAAACAUGUGUUCUGCUCGACAAUGGUAAUCCAGCUAUUCAUCCCAAUUACAGUUUCGACAGGUCUAAGCUUCACGGCACCGUCGGACUGCCAGGAUCAUCAACCUGCUUCUACAAGUUCAAAACCAACUACAACUUUAACGGAAUACACACGGAUAACGAGAACACAUACUAUGGCAAGAACAUGAUCAUCCCUAUCAGCAACGGACAUGCGCAGACAACCAUCCAUCUACCCAGCUCCGGAUACCAUUCAUCCCAUCUUAGAAUAGGAAUUAGCCGAGACAAGAAUGCUAAUGCAAAACCCAAGGCAGUUGUGUUCAAUGGCCACACGUUGUCUUCAAGCUACAUGCUGUUUGAUGCUAUGAAGGUUAAGGCGAAAACAAAAUGGAACGUGUGGGUUUUCAUGGUUCCGGCAUCACAGGUCCACACAUCAAAUACAGUGACCAUGACCUUUGAUGGGAAUGGUGGUCACGUCACUUCUGUCGCACUUGUUGCUGGCAAACUUCAAUAAAGUUAUUGUAAUUA